CAGCACUCGAAUCAGUCAACAGCCUUCUCGCCUGAUUGAUAGCCAUUUACCUUGAUCCUUCACCUGUCAAGUGAGUGGCCUCUGCGCUCACCCCGCUCCAGCUCUUCGCAUACCAUACAACCACCCUGCCGUGUAGUUCGAAGCAUCACUGCACUUAUGCUUAACAGCACACAACCACUCCAUCAUACCAUAAACACCCGUUUCCGAAACACCCGAGUCAGCUUACCACUCUUCAAGAUGCGUGUCUCCACCAUCGCCUUCAUCCUCACCCUCGCCGCCGGCGGCCUUGCUGGUGCCGCAAUCAAGCACGACGACGCCCCCACCGUGACUCCCUCCGGCGGCGCUGGCCACCCCACCACCACCCCGAUCCCCAAAGUCGCCGACGGCCGCUGCACGCCCUGCAACGACCACAUGGAGCAAUGCAUGGGCAAGUGGCCGUGCUGGUUCUACAACUGCCAGCCCGACUGCAACCACGAGGUGUGCGAGCAGCUGCCGGAUUGUCGCCAAGGCUGUGGGUUCCACUGCUAG